AUGGCGGAAGCAGGCCCUUCCACGCCGCGCACGCGGCGCGCACGCCGGCCGCCACCCACCUCGCUGCCGGACCACUUUUCGCGCAAAGGCUAUCUGUCGGUCUCGGACCUCGUCGGGCCGUCAUGGUGCGAGUACGCGUACCAGUACAACAUCCUCUCGCUCUCGCACCUCCCUCCCGCUCUGCGGCCAGAGACCAUCACGACGGAGGCGGGGCAGACGCUCGCAGCAGCAGCCGACCUCGUAGCCGCCAAGGAGGUGACGCUGCAGGCGGGCAAGGCGGUGCACUCGGUGCUCGAGGCCCAGGUCGCUCCCGUGCAGGUGCACGUCGAAACACACACCAAGGAGGAUGCAUGGGCGCUGAGACUGCUCAAUCUGUGGUGCGAUAUCCGCAGCCUCGUACAGCUCCAACCCAAGCCGCCGGCGAAAGGGAGUACCAAGGGCAAGGAGGCGUGCGUGCGCGAGAUCCCCGUGUAUGGCUGGAUCCACGAUGUGUUUGUCAUGGGCGUCAUCGAUGAGCUCUCCAAACGGCCACUCGCAGCCGCGGCCGACAAACCCAAGGUUUGGGCGAGCCAGGAAGAGUGGAAGAAGGAUGCGCAGCGCAAAGCGAAGAAGAGCGAUGCCAAACCCGCACGCACGCUCACCGCAUUCUUCAGCACGGCCACGCCUGCAUCGCAGCCCACAGAGGAUGUAGGGCCAUCGCAGGAUGCAGAGCCAACAAAGGAUGCAGGGGCGGAAGGAUGGGGCUACUUUCUGACGGACACCAAGACGCGCUACUCGGCAUGGGUGCCAGCCGAAGACGACCAGCACAGUGCGCGCAUGCAGUGCAUGACGUACAAGCGGCUGCUUGACGGCCUUUGCCUUGGUGCGCUCCCCUCAGCCUCACACCCCGAGUACGAUUUGGACCCAAGUGCGACGUCGAUGGAUUGGCCACGGACGUUCCGCCACCUCGGGCUGGAUGGAGACCGGCCGCUGUCGGCGUCGUUUGUGCGCGAUGCCACACCCGUGUGCGAGAGCUGGGGCACGGAUCUGGCGCUGUUCGUGGCGCAGCACGAUGCAGACAUGUGUACGCUCCACCACAUCCGGCUGCUGCUCGACUCGGCCCUACGCGAGUGGGUCCACGACGCCCAGCGCGGCGCAUCCCAGCCAAAGUGUCCAUCCAUCCAGGGGCUCGAACUGUGCUACCGCUCUCGGCGCAAACGACGUGCGUCGGCAGAGGAGCACAAAGACGCCAUCAUCGGCGUGGUCAAGUUUGCUCACGACGCAGCAGCGGUGGAUGCAUUCCUCGCCGACGCGGUGAGCAUGUGGAAGGGCCAACGUGCGCUGGUGGCACGACCAAGACAACAAACAGGAAGAAGACCAGGAUAUCGAUGA